AUGUCCUCCUCGACGCCCGCGCCAACAACAAACUCGCGCCGAGUCCCGCUCGACAAACGCAAGCGCACCGAGACGAGUUGCGACAAAUGCAAGUCGCGCAAGCAGAAAUGCCGCAAGGAGCCCGGCCAGGACGCGUGCCGGUACUGCCUGGUACACAACAUUGAGUGUCUUACCACGCAGCCUCGCAAAAAGCGCCUGUAUGGCAGUGUCGAGGGCCUCGGGACCCGCCUGGCGCUGCUCGAGGCCCUCGUCAAGGGCCUGCUGCCAGAGGCCGAUGUCUCCAGCACCGAUGCCCUGCGCCAACUCGCUACCUCGCACGGCAUCCCCCUCCCAGAAUCCAUAGCCGCCCACGGCGAUGCCGACCACGACGACCAAGCCGACCCGGACGGCGACGACACUGUCUCGCUGCUGCCGGACCAGCAGGGCCAGGUGCAGUACAUUGGACCCGCCAGCUCCUUUGCCUUUCAUCUCAAGUUGCGUACUCUAGUCGGCCGCGGACCUCUGCGCGAGUUUGUCCUCUUUGGCAAGAAUGCCGCCUCGACAUCGCCUGAUGCCAGCGACCAUCUCCACCAGCAGCAGCAGCAGCAGCAGCAUCACCACCACCACCACCACCACCACCACCAUGCCCUGUCCAACGCGCCCGGCUCCCUCGACCCCACCGCUGCCGCUGCUCACCUCGCCCCGAACCAGCGCCCGACCCUCGAGCUGCUCAUCCGCACCUUCUUCGACCGCAUCCACCCAGAUAUCCCCGUCCUGCACGAGCCCUCGUUCCGCGAGGCCUACGAUGCCUGGCUCGCAGACCCCCGCAAUGCAGACCCCGCCUGGCUAUGCACCUUCACCUGCAUGCUGCUACUCGCCCGCCGUGUCGCCCGCGUCCCCUUUGCUGAGGACCAGGAGCGGUUGUGGUGGCACCGCGUCCAGAAGCUGCUCCCAGGCGUCAUCUUCACCUCGAGCGUCACGGCUGUCCAGGCCCUGAUGCUCACUGCCGUCCACCUGCACAACACCAACCACCGCGACGCCUGCUGGAACCUGACGGGCGCCGCCAUCCGCAUAGCCCAUGCCAUUGGCCUGCACCAGGACAGCGUGAGCGCAGGCAGCACGCCCCUCGCCAGGGAUACGCGCAGGAUGUUAUGGUGGGCCCUAUACGGCUUCGAGAGCAUGCAGGUAUCCUCCUACGACCGCCCCAGCGCAAUUGAAAUGGCCGGUGGAAAGCUCCGCUACCCCAAUGACAAGAUGAUGAACUGCCCUCCUGGCCUCCUGACCGCCUAUUGUCGUAUGUGGGCGCUCUUGGGCACCGUGUGUCGCGCGCCUAGGACACUCAAACCAAACUCCAGCGACGAGUCGUACGUCGGACCCCUGUCCCCCGCCGCAUCUGCCCUGCGCGACCUGAGCCGGUGGAAGGAGACGCUCCCACAGCAUUUGCAACCAGAAGCCAUUGACGCUACCCCGCCCCCUUGCCAACGGACUCUGAUCAUGAUGCACAGUCUCUAUCAUUACGCUAUAAUUGUUUUGUGUCGCUCAGCACUCCUUGCCCGUGCUUCUACUCUAUCAAAAACCGGCACGGACUCGGCCAAUUCAGCUCUGAUAGCAAUGGCUGACGCCUGUUCGGAAUCCGGUCGCGACCUGGCUCAGUUGCUGCUCAAGUCUGAUCAUGCUGGAAAUUUUGAUGCCGUUGUCAGUUUCGACAUUUGGUACAUGCUAGCCUCAAGCUCAGUGCUAGUUCUGGACUUGGUUUGUCUAAACAAACUCGAGGGUACCGACAUGUCUGAAUCUCGCAUCCUUCUCUCCCAGCUUGCCGACCUCGCCCAGCGGCACCGCCGGAAUCCAUACAUGCCUGGCACAUUGGAGAAAUUUGCUUCCCUCGUCCCCGAACUGCAUUCCAUGGCCGACUCACUAGCUUCGCCCGUCCGAAUCUCCGAACCAAAAGCAGAGUCUCACGAGCCUCCACCACAACCCACACUCCCAACUCAGCCACUGACGCAGCCACCUGCCAUGCCGCACAUGUACCACCAAUCGCCUACUGCGGCUGGCACGUACAUGUUUCCAGAUGACAUGCAGAGCCGCGGCUAUCCAGAUCAAUCAUACGUCGGUCCGGCCAUUCAUCCCACUGGCCGAUAUGAUCGCAACACACAAAUGCAUUUUAUGGACUUUACCAUCAACCACAUGAAUGACUGGAAUUGGCACGACAUGACCGGUUUGCUCGGUGAUGGCGUCUCAGGCGUACCAAACAUACCUGGCGACCCCCAUGUACACGGACCACAAUCUACAGGGCCAAACUGA